AUGGAUUCCACAGAAGUAGCUACUAAGCCACAUGCUGUUUGCAUUCCAUUCCCUGCUCAAAGCCAUAUAAAGGCAAUGCUUAAAUUUGCAAAGCUCCUCCACCAUAGAGGUUUUCAUAUAACCUUUGUUAACACAGAGUUCAAUCACAAGCGCUUUCUUAAAACUCUAGGAUCCAAUUCCCUCGAUGGCUUGCCUGAUUUUCAAUUUGAAGCCAUCCCGGAUAGCCUUCCAGAUUCAAAUGAAGACACCACACAAGAUGUCACUUUGCUUUGUGAGUCCAUCAGAAAAAAUUUCUUGGCUCCCUUUCAUACCCUCCUUGCAAAACUCAACAAUGAUGCCAUAGAAACAUCUAGCAAUCCUCCAGUGACUUGCAUAGUUUCAGAUGGAUUCUUGUCCACAUUCACAAUCACAGCUGCUGAAGAAAUUGGAGCCCCUAUAGUGCUGUUCUACACUAUAGGUGCCUGCAGCUUCACGGGAUGUAAACAACUUCGUGCCAUGGUCUCAGAACAUCUUGCAAUUUAA